AUGGAGCGGGACGAGGAAGCCGUUCACCGGAUGCCUGUGGCAACGGGCCCGAGCAUCGUGACUGGUGCUCACGAGGUGCCUGUCAUGGCGAGUGGUAUUCCGAGCACAGACGCGUCUGAGCCUGAGGUGCCACCCGAGACGUUGGCCCGCACGGCCUCGGUCAGCGCAGAUGCAGGACACGAUGUGGCGAUAGGCCUUGCUCAGCCUAACCGACUGCAGCUUAUUGACGAGGACCAGCACUUUUCGGGUGCUUUGUUCCACGACCACCUGAGCCAAUGGGGUAUGUUGGAGGCCGGCUUUGGGUACGAUAUCUGCGCGGUGCUUGGCUCUCAGUCGACGGGUAAAUCGACGCUCCUGAACCGGUUGUUUGGGACCAACUUUGAUGUGAUGGAUGAUCGUGCACGACAGCAGACGACGAAGGGUAUCUGGCUGUGUCGUGGCAUGGACCGUAAUGUGCUCGUGAUGGAUGUCGAGGGCACGGAUGGUCGCGAGCGAGGUGAGGACCAGGACUUUGAGCGCAAGUCGGCGCUCUUUUCUCUCGCGACAGCCGAGUGCGUCAUUGUGAACAUGUGGGAGAAUCAGGUGGGCCUGUUUCAAGGCGCCAAUAUGGGCCUCCUCAAGACGGUGUUGGACGUGAAUUUGACGCUCUUCCAGGUCGGUCGUGCACGCGCCGGUGCGCCGAAGGAGAAAACGCUGUUGCUCUUUGUGAUCCGUGACUAUAUCGGUACAACGCCGCUGGCCAACUUGGAGUCGACGAUCCGAGCGGACCUGCAGCGGAUCUGGGCGAGCUUGACCAAGCCUGAGGCUCUGGCAGGCGCGGAACUGGGCGAUUUCUUCGACGUGAGUUUUUCUGCCCUACCCCACAAGGUGCUGCAGGCGAAGGAGUUUGAUGAAGGCAUCGCACAGCUGCAGCGCCGCUUUAUUGACCGCAGCGACCCCCAGUACGUGUUUCAGACCGAGUACCACAAGCGGAUUCCCAUUGAUGGUCUGCCACACUACCUCGAGAGCGUGUGGGAGCAAAUUCUGCAGAACAAGGACUUGGAUCUGCCGACGCAGCAAGAGCUGCUUGCCCAGUUCCGCUGUGACGAGAUUGCGGCUGCCGCUGCCGCUGCCUUUGCCGCUGCGAUGACGGCGUUGCGUUCGGCGCUGGAUGCCGGCCAGGUGCUCGCGACGCUCGGGGUGGAUAUGGCGUCGCAUCGUGCCGAGGCACUAGCGGUGUUUGACAAGGACGCAAGUCGGUACCACCGCGGCGUCUAUGCGCGCAAGCGGGCGGAUUUGCUGUUGCAGCUCAAUGCGGUGCUGCUGCCCUUCUUCCUCGCGCAGCUAAAAAAUCUGCACACGAAGCUGGCCUCGGCGUUUCAGCAAGCGAUGCAGGAGGGCACGCGGGGUGCGUCGUACGAUUUUGGCAGGCUGGUCGAAGAGCAUGUGGCGCACGCGCUGGCAGCCUUUGAUGCGGAGACGCAGCGGCUGGUGCUGCCUGAUACGGACUGGAGCGUGAGUGAGGAGCGCAUGCACCUUGAGGAGGACUUGCGAGCCGUCGCGCGUACGCUGCGUGCCGACGAGACGCAAAAACUGGCUGUGCGCCUGGAAAAAGAUAUACGCCGGCACCUGGCUGAGCCCAUUGAGGCUGCGUUGUCUGAGCCUGAUGCUGGCAUGUGGGAUCGCGUGCUGGGUGUGUGGCGUGACGCGUGUGACAGAGCUGCUGCCCUGUACCGCGAGCGAGCGGCGCAUCUCAACACGACGCCGGACGAGGAUGCCGCGACGGUGGGGCGUCUGCACAUGGUGGCCUGGCGUGCGUUGCUGGACCGGGUGCAGGAGAGCACGUCCGAGACGGUGCUGGCGUCGCGCCUGCGUGCGUUUUUUGAGGACCGCUUCCGCUACGAUGCGAGUGGUGUGCCGCGGGUGUGGAAGCCGAGUGAUGACAUGGACGAUGCGUUUGUGCAAGCGCGUGAUGCGACGUUGGCGCUCAUUCCACUGUAUGCCACGAUGCAGCCAGAGACGCCGCCCACGGUGGCGGGUGAUGAAGAUACGCCGUCGUGGGACGAAGCGCGCCGCGUCCUGUCGGAGCGGCGGUGUGCCGAGCUGGGCCGUCGUUUCCGCCGUGAUGCAGACGCAGCGUACGUCGAGGCCAAGCGCGGCACGGUGUCGAGCAUGACGCAAGUGCCGUGGUGGAUGUAUGUCGUGCUCAUUGUGCUUGGAUGGAACGAGGCCAUGGCUGUGUUGCACAGCCCCGUGUACUUUACGCUGCUGUGCAUGGUGCUGGCGAGCGCCUACGUCGUGUGGCGCAUGAACCUGGCCGGGCCCAUGCUGACCGUCACGACGCACAUGGCGAGGGAGCUGCGUGCGUUGGGAGAGCAGCAGCUCCGCGUGUACCUGGACGCCCCAAGCGCCGCGCACCCAGCUGCACCGGCGACCGAGGCCCGGCCGGCCGUGUCGGAGAGCGCCGAGCCGCGCCUGCCUGCCUCGUUCUAA